CGGGCGGACGGUCGGCGGGCGUGGCUCCGCAGGUAUAUAAACCCGGACCCUCCUCUGGUCAGCACAGUCUGCACCGCCGACACAACACACGCAACAUGUACAAGCUGGUGAUCCUGCCCCUGCUGUUCGCCGCCGUGUCGGCCGGCUACCUGGGAGGCGUGGCCGUGGCGCCAGCGGCCGUCGCCGCCCCCGUCGCCUACGCCGCCCCCGUGGCCUACGCCGCCGCCCCCGCCUUGGCCGUGGCCCCCGCUCUGCGCGCCGCCCCUCUGGCUGUCGCCGCCCCCGCCAUCGCCGCUCCUCUGCCCUACGCAGCUGCAGCUCCGAUCCUCAAGAUCCACUGAUCGACAGGAUUACUGCAGACGCAGAACCAUUUGUAAAUACGUAAAUAAUACGAAAUACAUAACCAAACAAAUCUAA